AUGGACUCUACCACUAUACAAGCUCCGCCCAAACCAAACCCGCACCAAGACAGCGGCCGCCUUCCGCAUGACUACCACAUCGACAUGGAGCAGAGCAACGAGCCCUUGAUGCUCAAGGAUGAGAACUGGGACCUCUACUCGGUCUCAGCUAUCGCCGCUGUGCAGAUGCUGGCCCAGGCACUGCAGUCGCUAUCCAAUAUCACCGGCGAUGUCGCGUGCACAACCCCCGGCUCAAAUCCGCCAUCCCCCGACUCGAUAACACCGCCCGCCCACACACCCGAGUUGGAAGGCUCACCGACACUUGCCCCUCACCACUGCGUACCCGUCCACCACAUUGGCGCCCCCGAGGCCAAACGCGACGAGCCCAUCGCUCCGCCAGCAGACUACCAGCCCGAGCCAGACAUCGCCGAAGCCAACGCCCUACAGCUUGCUGCUGUCUCGCGACGCUUUUUCCUCAAGGCUGCUCCGCCCUUUUCCAUUACCGACUACCUCCUUCGCAUCCACAAGUUCAGCCCGCACUCGCCCGGUGUCUACUUGGCUGCCGCCUCGUACAUCCAUCGCCUCUGUGUCGUUGAGACCAUGGUACCAGCCACUCCUCGUACAGUACAUCGCUUAGCUCUGGCCGCCAUCCGAAUAGCCAGCAAAUCGCUCGAAGACAACAAAUGGACGCAGGAGCGCAUUGCCCGCUUGGGCGGGAUAAGCACAAAUGAGCUUAGAAAGCUCGAGAUCAGUUUCUGCUAUCUGCUCAACUUUGACCUUUUCCUACGGCCCGAGGAUCUGCAGCGUUCCAUGUGGUUGCUGCAGAGCACCGCUCGUCAAGGUCUGUCUGUCAGGCGACGCCUCAGUGAAGGCUUCAUCAUGCGACUCCCGUCCAGACUGUUACCCGAAGCUGCUAUUGGAGCAUGA